AAGAAUUUGGAUUAAAAAAUGUUGGAAGGGAUAGUGAAAAUGAAAUAUUUGGAGAAUUUCUUGAGGAGAAUAGUUUUGACCAGCUUUCCUUUAAAUUUAGCAAUGCAUUAAAUGAAAUGUUAGCUCAUGAAAAUGAAGAAGAUAGUAAAAUAGAAUCAUAUUCAGAUAAAUAUGAUAGUAAAAUUGAGGUAGAGCUAUCAUUAGAAUAA